AUGACAACCAGGGCCUUGGAGGAGCUGGAUGGAGGCCUGGGCAGCUGCCCAGCUGAGGAAGACCUCUCUCUGCUGGCUGACCCGUGCCCAGGCCAGGCCCAGGAGGACAAAGCUCAAGGGACGUCUAGGCUGGCCGACCUCAGCAGCUGGCCCCAUGACUCCCCCCCAGCAGCUGAGGGCCGUGUGGACACCAAGUCUAAGAAAAUGGAAAAGGAGCCUGCGGUCAAGGGGGCCCCAAGCCCCAAGGAGAAGCUGAAAGCCGGAGCAACGCCCCGCAGCGCCCCCGCGCGGAAGAAGUCGCAGGCGGCGCCACCCCCGAAGCAGCCGCCGCCCCCGCCGCCCCAGAUGGAGGAACUGCCCUGGGGAGACAUGUCACUCAACAAGUGCCUGGUGCUCGCCACGCUGGUGGCGCUACUGGGCUCAGCCUUCCAGCUGUGCCACGACACCGUGAUUGGCAAGGUGGCCGUCCCCGAGCCCGCCCGUGAGCCAUGGCUCCCUCCGAGCGGUGCCCUGAAAGCUCGCGAGACGCCCCCGCAGCCGCCAAAGCCCGAGGCCUGGACACCUCCCCCCGCGUCGCCUGCGCCCCAGAAAGAGGCCGAGGCGAGGUCAGAGUCUCCCCGGAGCGGGAAGGCCGCAGAAGAGGCCGAAGAGGAAGCCAGCGAAGCCACCGGGGAGACCCCCGGGAAGGCCCAGGUGGAUCAAGGACCCAAGGAGAAGCCGCCCGGGAAGGAGCGAAGGAAGGAGAGGCCGCGGAGCGAGAAGGAGGAGAGACCUCGGAAGGCGAGGCCGCAAAGGGAGAAGGAGCAGAGGCCGCGGAGGGAGAGGCCGCGGGCCGACAGGGAGGGGCGAGAAGCGCCGCCCAGGCGCCGAGAGUCUCGCGAAGGAGGCCAUCGGCCGAGGGCCCGGGACUCCCGGGACGCCGAGCACAGGGCCUCCAAAAAGAAGGGGCAGACUUUCUCGGAAGAGGAGGAGCGGCCCGGACGCCAGAAGCACCGCGCGGGCAAGGGGCGGGACUGA